UCUAGCGACUGCAGAGUGACUGACGUUAAUUUCACUACCGGAGUAUCACGAUUUCUUUUGACUCGCAGUUCCUAUUAUUGCUUGUUAAUCGCAAUUUAAAACCGUAGUUGUCGCGACGCAAUUCGUGAAUAUGGCAUCGUUUAAAUUUUACUUUUUGUCGGCAUUAAUUUGUGGCGCCCUGGUUCUUGGCCAAUCUGCAGAGGUGCCAAAACUUCCACCAACAGAGGUCAUUGACCUCACAACCACUGAAGCACCGUCAACCCCGGACACAACCCCAGACUCAACGACAUCAACGACUACAAGUACCACCCCAUCAGCAACAACGUCCACGAAACCCGACACUACGACUAGCACAACAACGUCUACGACUAGUACUACUACUACAACGCCAGCUCCACCACCGACACCUAAGCCAUCCCCUGUGCCGCCCAAGCCCAUCGGACCUCCGGACCAGGGACUGUGGCCGUAUGUGGAUGGCAAGAAUGUCACGUGUGUCAUCGUGCAGUUUGCUGCUCAGUUGAACGUCACCUAUGGCAAGCCUAACUCUUCCUCCUCUGAGUUGAUCCACGUGAUCCUCAAUGUCCCAGCCAACGCUUCAAUCAUCUCCGGCAAUUGCGAGGGUAUGGAACAGUGGCUCACCAUCGGCUGGCCAGCAACCAAUGAAACCAACCACACAGUCACUGUUCUCUUCGCGAAGAAUGACACUACCAAGUCUUAUGAGAUGAAGAGCUUGAACGCUAGCCUUGUGGCGUCCAUCUUCCCUAAUAUCACCAAUGUAAACACCAUCAACCUGUCCCACCAGACGCCAGAAUGGCAAACGCCCCUCGCCGCGUCCUACCGUUGCACGCCCGCAACAGAACUCAAGAUGAACGCUGACAACAACAACAUUGCUGCCACCUUAACACUGAGUCGGCUGCAGGAGGAGGCCUUCAGGAACGCUUCUGGCAAAGGAUUCAGUGCUGCUCGCGACUGCUCCAGUGGCGACAUUCCCGACGCCGUCCCGAUUGCAGUGGGCUGCGCUCUCGGUGGCAUGGUGGUCGUUGUACUGAUCGCGUACCUAGCCGCCCGCCGCCGCUCCGCUGCCCGCGGUUACCUGUCCAUGUGAACAGAUGACGUAUCGGAUUAAAUAAAAAAGUAGUCAAUAUAUAAAUAGUAACAGGUAAACAAUCACCGCAUUUACCUAAAGACAUUUCGUGGUUAAAUCUCAUACAUAUAUAUUCCCAUCAUCAUUAUUAUAGGAAAAUUAUUCGAUGUGAUUUGCUCAAGGAUUUCUUUAUGCUGGCAACAUCCGGUAACGAUUUUUGAAUUUAGAAACCAGUACAGCCUAGCAAAAAAGUUGAAUAAUAGGGGCGCCACCGUCUGUGUCAACCGAUUUGCAUAUGGCAACUUUUGUUUGAGAACAGAAAGUGUUGCUAUCAUAAAAAAAUGUUCCAUAUCUACUUUUUUGCUAAGGUGUAACUUGCUUGUCAGGUAUAAGCUAAAUCUGUCUCUUUCGCACUUAUGUGUUGAAAAGGUGAAAAAAAAAAUUAAAAUCCAGCCAAUUUAAAUAUGUUUGAAAAUAAUUGAUUUUAUUUGUGUUUUGUGGGUGUCUUUGUUUUCGUCGUUUUGGCCAUAAUAAUAGAGUCAUAGUAAUUAUAUAUAUCUUUUAAUUUCUAUAUCUUAGAAAUAACUGAAUUAUAAUUUCUUAUUGGACUGAGAACAAUUAAAAGAGGUAGAACUAUUACAUAUAUGUAUACAUUAUGUGAUGUUAUUUAGUAAUAGCAGAAAGUAGAUUUUUUUUAAUGAUUAUAAUUGAUUUUUUUAAGAUAUCAGUGUGCGAUGACAUUUUAUCCAAAGAUUCAAUAAUUUGAACUCAGUUAUACCGCUGUAUAACUAGAUGUCAAUGUCUGUCCAAAAGUUACUAUAGUUGGUAUUAACAUAGAUUAAAUAUUACAGGAUUAUACCAUCCCAUUCAUGCGACCGCCUAAAGAAGUGCAUAAAGUAGAUGGCGCCACUAAAAAUGCCUUGUUGCCAUCGAUUACUUGUUGAUUGAAGUGGCAGUGGGCUGGUCACGUUAGUCGCAGGACAGACAGUCGGUGGAGCCGAAAGGUUCUUGAGUGGAGACCGCGACUCGGUAAACGUGGUGCAGGACGCCCUGUGACAAGAUGGAGUGACGACAUCCGCAAGUUGGCUGGUGUUGGCUGGAUGAGAUUAGCUGAAGAUCGGGAGCAGUGGCGUGCAUUAGGAGAGGCCUAUGUCCAGCAGUGGACGAGGAUAGGCUGAUAAUGAUGAUGAUGAUGAUGACUUGUAGAUUGGCAUUAAGUGUCACUAUGAAGCCAUAAAUUGAAAGUGCCACUUAACGCCAUUUACAAGUAUAAUCGAUGGCAACAAGGCAUAUUUUUAGUGGCGCCAUCUUUUGCGCGUCUUUAGGCAGUCGCAUUUUAAUAUAUGGGAUGGUAUAAUCUUCUUAUAUUUAAUGUAUGGUAUUAACAGUGUCUUUUAGAAUUACCUAAACCUAGUAUUCUAGAUAUUCAUUAAGUACAAUGUGCUGGAUAACCUAAAAAAAAAAAACUACAGAAAUCCCACUUCUGAUGUCUGUACAUUUUAUUUUAAACCUUACAUAGAAGAUAAACCAUUUUGAACUGGUUUGUGAAACGUAUCCAGUAACAGGACUUGAUUGACUCUUGAUUAAGGAGGGUGCAAUUAAAAAAAAAGUAGAAAGAGAGGGUCCGAUGUAAAGGGUGAUGGAAGACUUUGAAACUUUUAGCUACUAACUUGAGCUUGCCAACUGAGUUUAGUUUUUUAAGGUUAGAUGAAAUGCAGAAGCUUAAAGUUUUUAAAGCAGGUAAUUUAUGUUUUAAUAUUUGAAGUUAAUAAUGAUUAAUGUUAUUUGACAUUAUCUAAUUACACCUACUGCAUAAAAUACCCAAUGGUCUUUUUCUUACAUUCGAAAUGAUAUCUGUCUUAUGUAAAGAUGAGAGAAAUUAAAAAUAUUACAUAAUUGAAAAUAUCGUUUAUUUUAUACGUAACACAACGUACUCAAGUUAGUAGCUAAAAGUAAUUGUUUUUUUAUAGGCCAAGCAAAAAAAUAAGAAUAGAUAAACUUUUAUUGGGUCCCAAAGACAUUUAGAGCUUUUUUUUUAACUAAAAAACUCCCGUGAGACUCAAACAUAUUUAAAAGUAUUUUAAGCGGGUUACUCAUGUAUUAAGUCGAUAUAGCGUUCGACAUGUUUCGGUCCAAUUUCGAGGACCUUUCUCAACACAUUUAGAGCUUAUGUAAUAUCAGAAUUUGCGUCUCAUGUUCCUUAUGUUUUUGCUUGGCCAAUAUGAAAAACGAGAAUGUAAUACUGAAAAUAAAUAAAUGUUUUUUAUUGCCA